AUGGCCGAAAGCAUCGCCGUCAAGAAGAUGAAAACGUCUGCACACCUUAUAGGCACGCAUAAUGGACAUUUUCAUGCGGAUGAAGCUCUAGCUGUGUACAUGCUGCGACUGCUUCCAGCCUACAUGUCCUCUCCUCUUGUGCGAAGCCGUGAUCCGACGGUCCUCGAUACUUGCCAUACGGUCGUCGAUGUUGGGGGAGAAUAUGAUGCUGCAAGAAACAGAUAUGACCAUCACCAGCGUACCUUUAAUACAACUUUCCCAAAUCGGGAAACGAAGCUCUCCUCUGCAGGACUUGUCUACAUGCAUUUUGGCAGAGCUAUCAUUGCACAACAUACUAAAUUACCAACCGUUCACCCAGAUGUAGAGCUUCUAUUCCAGAAACUGUACGAUGACUUCGUUGAGGCUAUUGAUGCCAACGACAAUGGUAUCUCAAAAUAUGACGACGAGAAGCUUAAAGCCACCGGUAUUCAGGGAAGAUUCAAGGAAGGAGGUAUCACACUUCCAAGCCUGGUGGGAGACUUGAACCAUGAAGACCCCUUGAACCCAGGCAUCUCGAAAUCUACACCAGAACAACCCCAAGCAGAGGAGGACUAUCGCUUUAGUCAAGCGUCUCAGAUGAUGGGAAAUGCUUUUCUGAGAAAGCUGCACAGCGCUGCCACAGCCUGGUUGCCAGCACGGGCUACUGUGAAAGAAGCCUUUCACCAAAGGAAGAACAACCACCCUUCCGGUCAGAUUAUGGUCUUGCCUCGGGCUGGCACUCCUUGGAAAGAGCACCUCUACAACUUGGAGGAAGACGAAAACCUGCAGGAAAGCGAGAAACCGCUCUACGUUUUAUACGCCGAAAAGGAGGAACCAGGCUCUAAAUGGAGAGUGCAGGCCGUUUCUAAAAGCGUGUCAAGCUUUGAGAGCAGGAAAGCCUUGCCUGAGCCUUGGAGAGGCCUGAGAGAUGCAGAGCUCGACGAGAUGCUUGGCGACGAGGUUGAGGAUGGAGCUGUUUUUGUGCAUGCGAGUGGUUUCAUUGGAGGCCACAAGACUGAGGCUGGCGCAAGGGCCAUGGCUGCCAAAGCGCUGAAGACUUGA